AUCCAACAUGGCGUCAACGAGACGCGUAAUACUUUGACCUCCUAUAAUAAAUAACUCCCAUGUUAUUUUCAUAAUCCAACAUCUUAUGUCAUACAAUUAUUGCGUAAUUAAGAUUAAUAGUAUAAAGUUAAUAUAAGAAUAUCAUUUCAUUUAGUUAAUCUUCAAAUAACAAGUUGCUUAACAAUCAUGACGAUCGAAGAGACCCAAAAAGCUCUUACCGCGCCAAACUGGAUUCAGAUUCUACCAGUAUUGGCUACGGUCGGAACUAUACUUGCUAUCACUUUUGCUAUUAAAUAUUAUUAUAUAUCUAAAACUGAACAAUCAAAGAAGAAAAAACCUCCAGUACUAUUAGAAGAUUCGGUCGUUAAAUACAGCGUACCAUUGAUAAAGAAAGAAAUUUUAAGUCAUGAUACUAGGAAGUUUAGAUUUGGUUUGCCUACGGAAAAUCAUGUUCUUGGUCUUCCCAUUGGACAACAUAUACAUCUGACUACUAAGAUUGAUGAUCAAAUAGUCAUACGUUCCUACACUCCUGUUUCCAGUGACGAUGAUCAUGGAUACUUUGAUCUUGUCAUUAAGGUCUACUUUAAAAACGUGCAUCCCAAAUUCCCAGAAGGUGGUAAAAUGUCUCAGUAUUUGGAAGAUAUGAAGAUCGGUGAUACCAUAGACAUCAGGGGUCCCUCUGGUCGACUCAUUUACAAAGGAUUUGGAAAAUUCUCUAUCAAACUUCUCAGGAAGGAUCCACCAAUUGAUUACGACGUCAAAAAGAUUGUUAUGUUAGCCGGUGGAACUGGUAUAACACCGAUGUUGCAGUUAAUCACAGCUAUACUAAACGAGCCGAUGGAUAGUACCCAAAUAUCUUUAUUGUUUGCAAACCAAACAGAGAAAGAUAUAUUGUUGAAAGAUGAAUUGGACGAUUUAGCCAGAGAUUAUCAACAUCAUUUGAAGAUAUGGUAUACGGUAGAUACAGCCAGUGAAAAUUGGUCUUACAGUACGGGACAUAUUAAUGCAGAUAUGAUCAAAGAACACAUGUUCCCACCAUCACCCGAUACUAUUGUAUUAAUGUGCGGUCCUGUACCAAUGAUAAACAUAGCUUGCAAUCCUAAUCUUGACAAGUUAGGAUACGAUAGCAAAUUGCGAUUCGCUUAUUAAAGAUGUUCAACGUUUUAUUUUAUUGCAUCAAGUAGAGAGAUCAUAUUUCUUUAGUACUUUUUAUGCUUGUAGCAUAUUCCUCAAGGUUGAUGAUACUUUUAAAUCAGUUUAUAUUUUCAAACAAAUAAUAUCUCGUACAAGGUGUAUCCUAAUACGUGUGUAAUUUAUUUUUAGAGUGUAUGUAAAAAAGAAACAAAAAGACAAACCAUAAGCAACGAAAGAAAUUCGAUGUGAAUACGUGUACUAAAUUUGAUUUGCAUUAAAAAGUUAUGGUUAUCGUUUGAUUUGAAAUAUUUCAACAAAGUUUUUUGGUAUAUGCAAUUGGCUUGAAAACUACAUUCAAGAUAUUACGAUACACUUUGUACAUUGUCAUCAUUUAGCUGCACAGUUUGUUGGUGUCCCAUAACUACUAACAUUUGUCGUUUAAAACUUUAGGAAAUAUUUUCUUAUUUUAUAUAUAUAUAUAUAUUUAAGGGCUUUUGGUAAUAUCACAGGCAUGUCCAAAGACAGUAUUUAUUUAAGUACGUUUUUAAAGCAUUUAUAAUUGUUAAUACUACGACCAAUUCAUUUGUUAAUAUAAUAUAAUAUUCUUUGAUAUUAAGUUAAUUGAGAUAUGGUGAUAUACACAUACACAGCUUACUAUUAUUCAUUUGGAUCUGUGCAGCUAAAAAAAAAAUAAAAGAAAAAACAUUUACAUUCAUUAAAAUUUAUCGUUUAGUGGUUACAAAAAAAGGGUGCAUUUUCCAAUAAUAAUUUUAUACAUAUUUUUUAUAUAUUAUACAUUUAUAAUACUGCUACUUAAUAAUCCGUUUUGGGUAAAGAAUUUAUUUUGAUAUUACAUCGAUGAUCUUUAAGAUAAAUAAUGCCAAAUGUAAAGAAAGUUUUAAUAGAGAAAUGAAA